GUGUAGAGAGAAACAAGUAUGUUUAUGUUGUUGUGUAGGACUGAAAACCUCACACCAGGGAUUGUAGAGGAAGAAGGAGAACUAUAAAAGAGAGUGCAGAGACUGUUCCUGUAAGUAAGCAUCAACGCAAAGGUCAUCAUAUAUAGUGCUGUCUGCUACCAAAGAGUCCAACCCACAAAGAAGACACAGCAGCCCUCCUGUCCUUUUGCAUCCUGUAUGAUACAUUCUUCUUUUAGAGAACUUGCAAGAGUGACAAUCUCUUAUCCUCAUCAAUCUGAGCUAUUAACUUUACCUUCAACGCCUGGACCUACUCCUGAAUGACUAACAGCUCUAAAGGUAUGAACUACAUCAAUGUUACUCACACCUCUGGCUAUGGAAGUCAAUCAGCUGGGAACAGGACAGACUUCAGCAGUGUGUUUACGCAGCAAGUCCUUCCUGUGCUCUAUGCUCUGAUCUGCGCAGGUGGGCUGGUUUUAAAUGGCCUGGCUGCAUGGAUCUUCUUCCGGCUGCCCAGCACGUCUGGCCUAGUGGUUUACCUGAAGAAUAUGGUGGUGGCCGAUCUCCUGAUGCUUCUCUCCUUCCCGUGGCGCGUGGCCAGCGACCUGGGAAUUGGCGGCUGGCAGAUGAAGGUGGUUGUGUGCCGCUACACAGCCGUGCUCUUCUACCUCAGCAUGUACACGGGCAUAGUGUUCAUGAGCCUCAUUAGUUUGGAGCGCUAUGUCAAAAUUGUCCGUGCCUCCUCCUCUUCCUCUUCAUCUUGCCUUUGCUCCUUCAAUGCCUCUUCCCUCCUGCAGCGUGUGCCCAUGGCCAGAGUAUUGGCCUUCCUUGUCUGGGCCUUGCUGCUGCUCUGUAUGCUACCUAACACCCUGCUGACAAAUCGCCCUGCAGCAGAGGGUUGCUCGUGCAUGGAGCUGAAAAGUGCACUUGGCCGCCGCUGGCAUGGAGUCUCUGCCCACCUAAUCGUGGCCAUCUUCUGGUUGACCCUCAUACUCAUGGCCUACUGCUACACUUCAAUAGCUCAGCAUGUGUACCGCUCCUACCGGAGAGUGCUCCGGGACGGCAGUGAGGCAGGCCGCAAGUCCAACCGCAGCAUUUUCAGCCUUCUGGCCGUGUUUUUUCUCUGCUUUGUGCCCUACCACGUAUGCCGUGUGCCCUACACGCUGAGUCAGCUGUCAGGCAUCAAGUUUAGCAUGCAAACACGCUUCCACCUCUUCCAAGCCAAGGAGGCCACACUUUUCCUGUCAGCCCUCAACGUGUGUCUGGACCCCGUCAUAUACUUCCUCAUGUGCAGGACAUUCAGAGAGUCACUGCUGCGUAAGCUGUCUACUGCAGACGGCGAGAACAGGAGGCCCUCUAUUACCAAUGGACUUAGCGUCAGUAAUUUGUAGAAGAGAACUGACUUAGGCAUACUCUGCCCACAAAUGUGUUAUUUUGUAACAAGUGAAGUGAGGUUUUAAAAGCUUUAAAGGAAAACUCAUUCAUCCUACCACACGCAAAGUCCAUUCAUUCUACAUCACAGCUUAUCCUAAUGGCAAGAGAGUGUUCAAAUCUUGUAUUGGAUUGUGUCACAAGGCCGUCUGCACUAGAAAUGUCAAGUCUGCUUGUCAAGUUAAAAUUUGUUACUCAUUAACAAACAUGCUAGCUUGGUAAGUUUUAACUACCUUAACUAGUAGCUAUACAUUAACAAAUAUCAUUUAAAGUAGUGAUGGACCUGUCUAACUUCAGUUCAGGUCAGUGAUUAAAUGUAUAUAAUGGUCUAUGUUUGAAACCCUCAUUUGACAUUGUAAAUAGAAGUUUAAAUAAUGCAUAGAAUAACAUUAUAUUGCCUUGACCUAGGUCUAACUAGCAAUCACGGACACAAAAAUAAACAGUUUUAGUUUGUCUUAGAUGUUGAAAAAAGUAAAAAUACUACAGUAAACAAAUUUGUAGGAUAGGAACUAUUUUUCCUUCCGUGCUCUCGCUCUGCUUCUCAUACACCCGCAAAAAAAGAAAUGUACAUGCAAAAUUUAUUUAACAAAUACAUUUGAAAACGUAUGAAAAUUGACAAAAAACGCAUUUUGCUUUAUUUACUUUAGUGUUUGGAAUAUGUUUUGGAAUGAGAUGUAUUUGUGUAAAUGUUGUAAAUGUUACAUAUAAACAAAUGACCUUUUUUUCCUAUAGGGUACUCAAUUAAGGACAAAACAACAUUUUGCUGCCUACUAGUAAUCAACAAUAUCUCUCUGACUAUCAGUCAACCAACUGACUAUUAUAAUCAAAGAUGCAGUAGAUCUACAAAGUUCAAUCCCAAAAAAAGAAAACUGACAGGAUUUCAAAAAUACAGUAAAUAAUGCUUUACUUUAUCAACAUCAUUGGUUUCUGUAAAUAUAUUCUUUUUCUAUAAUUGAUGCCAGCGACAUGUUCCAGAAUGUGUUGGGACGGGGCAAAUUAAGACUAAUGAAUAUAAAAGGAGCAACCAGGGUUAGUCCUUUAUAAGCAAGCAUGAGUUAAGUUUGCCUCAUCCUCUACAGAUUCAAGCAAUCCAGAGAAAUCUGUGUGUGUCAACAACAAAGCCAAAAACUGCAAAUGAAUUCAAAUUAAAUUCAAUCCUUAUGGCACUGCAUUAAAAACCAGCAGGCUUCUGUGAUGGCUGUCAUCGCAUCACCGUACCAGCUUGGAAAUACUUUCACAAAUCAUUGAUAAUAAAUACUGUUCAUUGAUGCAUCCAGAAAUGCAAGUUAAGCCUGUACUAUGCACAGCAUAAUCCAUAUGUUAACAGGGUUUAAAAACUCUGCUAACUUCUGUGGGUUUGAGCUUAUCUGAAAUUGGCUGAUGCACAGUGGAAACAUGUGUUGUAGUCUGAGAAAUCCACCUUUCAGAUUGUUUAUGAAAUACAUGGAUGUUGUUUUCCCUCAUUCAUGAUCAUGCUGUUGUUUGCAGCUACUAAAGGGGGCAGUCGUGGGCUGGAGGUUAGGGAACCAGGCUUAUGACUGGAGGGUCACCAAUCUGAUCCCCUGAACUGACAGGACAUGACCGAAAUGCCCUUGAGCAAGGCAACUGCUCCCCCAACUGCUCCCUGGCAUUCUCUGGGCAAGUGUGCACACACUAGUGUAUGUGGGUGUACCAGUGUGCACAGAUGAGUUAAAUGCGGUGGUGAAUUUCCCCGUUGUGGGAUUAGUAAAGGGUAACUUAACUUAAAGAGAAUGCUUGUGUGAUAUGUACACUGAGUUGUAGCAAGAAAAAUCUUAAACCACGCUUAGACAAGGUGCUGUUAUGUCCACAUAAAAAUUACAUAAUUAUUAUUUAUAGCAUCCACAACUUGAGUGUUCUCCUGUCAGAGAGUCUGUAAAUAUAAAUAUUUGUUCAUUUAUGGUCAGCAGUGCUACAUCCUGUGUGUUUGAAAUCUGUAAUGUAACUAACUCCUGACCUGGAUUGUGGCUGAGUUGAGAGAGUGUGGGCUGUGGGUCAAAAAGGUUGAAAACUACUGCAUUAGAAAAUGAAAAGAAGAUUCCCCUUCAAUGUUGCUGUGCCAUCUUUCCAAGCCUUAACCUCUGAAAUCAAAUGCAAAUCUCUUUUCUUUUUCAAAUAAAAGUUGUAUUUUUUGUACAAAGCUAAAUAAAUAAAUAAAUAAAGUAUUUUCCUCAUG